UUCGGCUUUCUGGGGCGGCAACUUGCUGUCCGCCGCUAGAUGUGGUACUGAAGUUGGGAAGAACGAGAGGGAGGAGGGAAUGGUGGAAAAUUCGAGCAUUAAGCUGGGAGAUGAGAGGAGCGUGAAACCCGGGUCGGGAGUGAGGAGAGGCCUGAGGCACAGUCCAGGCGGAGCGAGUUACCGUCCGUGCUGCAAAUAAUGGGCUCGAGUACAGGUUGUGGCCGGCACCGGGUCUUUACCUGGGAUGAAGUGCAGAAGCACUGCACCCGCAGCGACCGUUGGCUGGUGAUUAACAGGAAGGUCUACGAUAUCAGCGAGUUCAGCAAAAAGCAUCCGGGAGGCUCCCGAGUGAUCGGGCACUACGCGGGGCAGGACGCGACGGACCCAUUUACUGCCUUUCAUAUCGAUAAGACUUUGGUGAACAAAUACCUGAACUCACUGUUGAUUGGGGAGCUUGCACCUGACCAGCCCGGCUUAGAAUCAUGGAAAAGUAAGGAGGUGACAGAAGAUUUCAGGGAGUUGCGUGCCACUUUGGAAAGGACGGACCUCCUCCAGCCAAAUAAGCUGUUCUUCGCGGGACACCUGGCUCACAUUCUGCUUCUUGAAGCUGCAGCCUGGCUCACCCUUUGGUACUUUGGAGCCUCUCUUUUCCCCUUUCUGAUCAGCUCACUCCUUCUGAGUACUGUGCAGGCACAGAGUGGUUGGUUGCAGCAUGACUUUGGACAUCUCUCCGUCUUCAGCAAAUCCAAGUGGAACCAUCUUGUCCACAAGUUUAUUAUUGGUCACCUGAAGGGUGCUCCAGCAAGCUGGUGGAACCACCUCCAUUUUCAGCACCAUGCCAAACCCAACUGCUAUCGCAAGGACCCUGACAUUAAUAUGCAUCCCAUCUUCUUUGUCUUGGGAAAGAAGCUUCCAGUUGAGGUGGGAAAGCAGAAGAAGAAGUUUAUGCCAUACCAGUACCAGCACAAGUAUUUCUUCCUGAUUGGGCCUCCAGCAUUGCUGCCCCUCUACUUCCAGUGGUACAUCUUUUACUUUGCUGUGACUCGGAAGCAGUGGGCGGACCUGGCUUGGAUGGUGUCCUUCUACAUUCGUAUCAGCCUGAUGUACAUACCGCUGCUUGGAAUUCAGGGAUUCCUGGCCAUGUUCUUCCUUGUGAGGUUCGUGGAAAGUAAUUGGUUUGUGUGGGUGACCCAGAUGAACCACAUUCCCAUGGCAAUCGAUCAUGAUCAGAAUGAGGAAUGGCUGGCCACGCAGUUGCAUGCCACUUGUAAUGUCCAUCAGUCUUUCUUCAAUGACUGGUUCACAGGUCACCUCAACUUCCAGAUUGAGCAUCACCUUUUCCCCACAAUGCCAAGGCAUAACUACCACAAGGUGGCACCACUUGUGAGGUCCCUCUGUGCCAAACAUGGUCUGGAAUACCAGUCCAAGACUCUGCUCACAGCCUUUGCAGACAUAGUCCACUCCUUGAAGGAGUCCGGUGAGCUCUGGUUGGAUGCGUACCUGCACAAGUGAUCAGUCUGGUGCUGCCACCUUGAAAAUGGGAGGGUUAUUCUGCAUUUUGUUAACUCAUGGAAUAUAAUUUGAGUUAAAGAAGCUAAACCAUUGAGAAGACAGCAGCAAUUCUAAACAUAAAUACAGUUUGGGAAUCUGUUUUGAACUAUUACUGAUAAAUGGUGUCACCUUCUUCCAUGUCACCCAUUGUCACUACCAGGUGUAACAGCCAGAAAGGCAGUGAUGUUUCCUUCAUUCUACUUUCAACACUGUGCAUCUCAUGAGAGCUGUCCUUCCUUCAGCUUUUGCCUUUUGCCAGUGCCCCACAAACCUAGCUGGCAAUUUAGUACCGCAAAUCCAUGCUCUCCAAAUUGUGCACUGCAACUUGACUUUGAUGCAUGACUGCCAACAGUGGGAGAUUGUCGAUCCCACAGUCUCUGAAUUCGGCAAAGUAUUUAAACUGUGCAUUAUUGUAAUGACAUCUGCUGAAUGCUGAAAGAUAGACAUCUGUCUCUCUUUUAUUGAUGAUAUUGUCCUGCUUAUUUUAAGUUGGUUGAUGCUGCAGCAAGUGUGGGCAAAACUUUCCAUGACGGUGGUUUAUGGAGGGCUUUUUUUUUCUGUUACCAGCGUGCCAGUUACAACAGACUUGUAUGCUUAAGUAUAAUUUGAUUAUUCAAUAUUUACAUACUCCAUUGAUGCCCAAGUCCAAAACCUAGGCAUCAAUGGUGCACACAAACACUAAAUAAUUAAAUGGGGAAUAAAACAGAAAAUGCUGUAAAUAUUCAGCAGGUUAGGCAGUGCCUAUAGAGGGACAGCUAGUUAACCUUUCAAAGCAGUGAUCUUCUCCCUGUUGUUUUGAAAUGUCAUCCUUUUGAAACAUUAAUGAUUUCUCUCUCUACAACUGCUUACCAGUCUGUUAACCGGAGCCCUGAUAUUGUACAGAAAUGGCCCUUUGACAUUAUAUCUUUGCUCAACUAC